GAUACGCUGUAAAUCCAACUACCACAACGCACACGGAAUCGAUUCUCGGAAAGCAGAUCAACAACGUACGAACUCAGUUGCUUUAACCUACACAUAUUUCCCACAGAUUCUUGCUGCACGCCAUUAAGUGAGCUUUUAGAAUUUUGGAGACUGCGAAGUACACCAGAUCUAACGUCAGUUGAUUAAAAGAUGCCAGCAACAUUCGCUUUAGCGACUAUGGCAGCUACCGUGGCUGUGGGGUUAAUAAGUGUUGUACUCAAAGCUGCGUGGAGUGAUGAAGAGCCGGCGAAAAAAGAAGGAGGUGAAAGUCACAAACAAAGCGCUGCAGGGAGUGGAGGGACGAGGUCACAACAGAGAGAAAAUGGAAGUCUGAAUCGUAGGGAAGAAGGUAUUAGAAAAACCAGAACACAAGAAGACGAAGAGAGAGCCAGGAAAAGAAGAGGAGAAGCCUUAUCCCUUCUUGGCGAUAGCAAGUCUACACCAUACCUCUGGCAGUUCAAAGAAGCAGAUUCUCAUGCUUGGAAAAAUUUCGGCCCCUCUGACAAUGUUGUCCUGGAAGAGCUUUAUUGCAACGUGAACAAUGUGGAGGUUGAAAUAGAACUUGAAGACACCACAAUAAGGUGA